AUGUCCAGUCCUGAACCUUUUGACAGUAGCAUUCAAAAGAAGGCUGCUGUUACAGAAGUCAUUGUCGAAUCUGAUAUCGAAUCCUUGAACUAUAGUGGUAGUGAAGAGAAGGUUGAUUAUUUCCAACAUGAAAAUCGACUUUCUUCGGCUUUAAAGUCGAGACAUAUUAGUAUGAUUACUUUAGUUGGUGUUUUUGGUACUGGGUUAUUUUUAUCAUCUUCGGUUUCACUUUCUACUGCUGGCCCUGUAGGUAUGUUAUUGGCCUAUAUUAUGGUUGGUUUAGUUGUGGGUGCAAAUCAAAUGUGUAUUACUGAAGUUGCCUGUUUUAUGCCUGUUACCUCUGGUUAUGUUAAACAUGCAGAACAUUUUGUUGAUGAAGCUCUUGGUUUCACUAUGGGUUGGUGUGAUAUUUAUUCAAGUAUUAUUCCUAAUGAACUUUCUGCUGUUGCUGUCGUUAUGUCUUAUUGGUCUGAUUUGAAUCCUGCUGUUUGGAUUACUAUUUUCGGUAUCCUUGUUGUUUUGGUUAAUAUCUAUAAUAUUAAAUGGUAUGGUGAAAUUGAAUUCUUUUUCGGUUGUUUAAAGAUCUUGUUAGUGGUUGGUUUAAUCUUGACUGGUUUAAUUAUCGAUUUAGGUGGUGUACCAGGUCAAGACAGAAUUGGAUUCCGUUACUGGAGAGAUCCUGGUCCAUUUGCUUCUAAAUAUACUACUGGUUCCUUAGGUGAAUUUCUUGGAUUCUGGAAGUGUGUCUCUUCUGUUGUAUAUGCUUAUGGUGGUACUCAAGCUAUUUCAUUAUUAGCUGGUGAAACCGAAUAUCCAAGACGUGCUAUUUUCAGAGCCGCAAAGAGAGUGUUUUACAGAGUCUUUACUAUGUAUAUUGCAACUGUUUUCAUUUUAACUUUAAUUGUUAAAUAUAACGAUCCUGAUAUUGCAUCUCCAACUGGUACUGCUGCAGGUUCACCAUUCGUUAUUGCUAUGAAGAGAGCUGGUAUUAAAGUAUUACCUCACAUUAUUAAUGGAGUUGUUUUAACCUCUGCUUUAUCAGCUGCUAACUUACAAAUUGUUAAAGCCUCUAGAACUUUAUUUGCUUUAGCAACCAAGAAACAAGCUCCGGCUUUCUUCUUAAGAGUUAACAGAAAUGGAUUACCAUGGAUUGCAGUUGCAGUAGCCUGUUUCUUUGUUCCUUUAUGUUAUAUGUCGGUUAGUGCUUCUUCAUCCACAGUAUUUGGAUGGUUCCAAAAUAUUACUUCAUCUAACAUUUUAUUCAAUUGGAUUGUUAUCUCAAUUAACCAUAUCUAUAUGACUAGAGCAUUAAAGGCUCAAGGUUAUUCUAGAAAGGACUUACCAUAUACUUUCCCUGGUACUGAAUAUGCUGCUUGGUUCUCUUUAUUCUUUGCUCUCUUAUUCUUAUUAACUGGUGGUUUCCCUAACUUUAUCCAUGGAGAAUUUGUAUUUGCCAACUUCUUCUCUGCUUACUUUAUCAUUCCAUUAAGUAUUGUUUUAUUCUUAAUUUGGAAGUUUGUUAAGAGAAGUCCUUACAUUAAGCCAGAAGAUGUCGACUUGAAGAGUUUAUUUGCUGAUAUUGAAGCCAAACCAGAACCUCCUUAUCCAAAGUUAACUGGAUGGAGAGUCUUGACUUUACUUUGGGCUUAGAUGGCCAAAGGUGCUGGAAACCUUUGGCUUAUUAAAAGUAAAAUACUACUUGUUGUCUAGUUGUUAU